CAAACGGCGGAAACAGACCAUGAUCCGGAGGAGACCCAGCAGGGACCAAACAGACCCAGUUAGUCCUAGAGAAGCAGUUUAACCCGGGAUAAAGAGAGAAUGGGGGACAAACCAGGAACCAGAGUCUUUAAGAAGUCCAGCCCAAACUCAAAGCUCACGGUCUACCUGGGGAAGCGAGACUUCGUGGAUCAUUUAGACCACGUUGAUCCUGUUGAUGGAGUCGUCCUCACAGACCCAGAGUAUCUGAGAGAUCGAAAAGUCUUCGUGUCCCUGUCUUGUGUGUUUCGUUACGGCCGGGAGGAUCUGGAUGUUCUGGGUCUCCAGUUCAGGAAGGAUCUGUAUGUCCGUACCGUUCAGGUUGUCCCUCCUCUGAAGGAGAACAACAAAACCAUGAGCCGUCUGCAGGAGAGGCUGCUGAAGAAGCUGGGAGAGAACGCGCGGGCCUUCUGCUUCAACAUCCCUCAGAACCUUCCAUGCUCUGUGACCCUGCAGCCCGGCCCCGAGGAUUCUGGAAAGGCAUGUGGCGUGGACUACGAGCUGAGGGCGUUCUGCGCCAAAACUGCAGACGAGAAGAUCCACCAAAGGAACUCGGUCCACCUGGUGAUCAGGAAGGUCCAGUUUGCUCCGGUGAAGCCGGGUCCUCAGCCGAUGGUGGAGACGAGACGUAACUUCCUGAUGUCUGACAGGUCUCUGAACCUGGAGGCCUCGCUGGAUAAAGAGCUGUAUUAUCACGACGAGCCAAUCAACGUCAACGUCCAGAUCACCAACAACUCCUCAAAGAUGGUGAAGAGAGUCAAGAUCUCCGUUCGUCAGUUUGCAGAUAUCUGUCUCUUCUCUACGGCCCAGUAUAAAUGUACGGUGGCUCAGCUGGAAGCAGAACACCAGGUGUGCCCCAGCUCCACCUCCUGUAAGGUGUACACGCUGACCCCCAGUCUGGGCUCCAACAGAGAGAAGAGGGGUCUGGCCCUGGAUGGACAGUUGAAGCAUGAAGACACCAACCUGGCCUCCAGCACCGUAGUCAAAGAAGGAGCCAGCAAAGAGACCAUGGGCAUCCUGGUGUCUUACCGAGUCAAAGUCAAACUGGUGGUGUCUCUAGGGGGAGAUGUCUCAGUGGAGCUCCCAUUCGUCCUGAUGCAUCCUAGACCUUCAGACCUGCUGGACUCAAGUCCUCAGUCAGUCUCUGCAGAAGCUGCUGCACAAGUCACUGCCAACCUCAUCGAGUUUGACAUGAAUCCGUCCCCUCAGGUUGAAGAGCUCGUGUUUGAGGAUUUCGCUCGUCUGAGGUUAACGGGGUUGAAGGAUGAAGAUGAACCCUUCUUUUAGCUCCGCCUCCUGGUCUUUUUUCCGACAGGAAGUGUUCUGUUAGCCCUGACACCAAAGAAGAAGAAGAGCAGCUAGUGGUCUGCUUCUCUAAAGGCUGUGUUCGAAAUCACACCAUAUUCACUUUCUAGUGCACUAUAUAGUGAAUACGCCAUUUUGUAGUGGUGUCCGAAUUCUGAGUGAGCAUUGUUAUUCACUAUAUGGUGCACUCAUUCUAUCCCACAAUGCAUUGUGAAAAGUAGUGAACAACCGAUGGUCACUAGCUCAGCAAUAUUUACUAUAAUGCAUCACGGUUGCUGCUCUUAAACAUGACAGACGAACAAGAGGAGCACAGGAACAUAUACAAAAACUUUUUGUUUGUUGGUUUUACCAAAUCUGUAAGAAAAUAUUAAGCAUUAAAAAUGGAGUAACUUUUUCCCCCUGUGAUGAUGACAACCAUGAGACCAUCAUCUUUUUGCAAAAAUAAAUGAUAAUACACACAAAACAUUUAUAUUAUUUUGUCACUAUAGAGACAACUUUUAUUGUCUACCCGUAUAUUUAUUUUUUGUGAAAAUACGUUACAUUUUUUAUCAGUUUUAAUUGAAAUUCUACCGUUAAUUUCGGUCCUCAGCCGUUGUCAAGGAAAUUUACGAGCCGUUGCUGCUAAACAUUUUAAUUGUGAGACGGCGAUGACGUCAUCGCCCACGGCCGGAGUAGUGUCUGCAAUCAUUUUUGUGUUUUGCAGCUGAGUCCACUAUAUAGUCCACUAUAUGCUGCUCACUAUAGAGUGGAUAGGGAGUAGGGAAUGAGUGAAUGGUUUCGGCCACAGCCUAAGUUUUUUCUCUGAGACAUCAGGAAAUAAUCAGACUGACGUCCUGCUGAAGAAACUCUGCGCUCUGUUUUCUGCUUUAAUCCGAAGAAUUCAUUCUAUCUUCAUUUUAAUGUUGUUGAAGGACCAGGGGCCUCAUUUAUAAAACUGUGCAGGAAAGAUCACUACAGCUGGCGUACGCCGGAAACACAGGAAAUGCGUACGCACAAAAACUUUCAGAUUUUUAACAGAGUGCGCACGCACGUCCUACACCUGUUUCCAUUUAUAGAUCACAAUCAACUCUAAAGUUGUCGCACGUGAGGGAAUGCUUUGCCCCGCCCAUAUGGUGCCUAUAAAAGGUCAGGUGAACGCCCUUGAUGAAUAUUCAAUGAUAUCAGUUUCACGAUGGACCAAGACGGAAAACGAGCGAAAAAAAGAAAUUUAACUCAAUGUGAGGUCACGAUAUUAAUAGGAGAGGUGGACACACGCAGAGUCUUAUUUGGUGGGCACAGUUUGGGCAUCACUAACGCCAGAAAGGCAACAGAGUGGAAGCGUGUGGCUGAUGCUGUAAAUAACGUUCCUCAGAGGGACUGUGGCUGAAGUAAAACAGAAAUGGUCCGACAUAAAAGUGGAGGCGAAAAGGCGCAUCGCUCUCAUAGAAAGAGUGUCUGUGUGACAGGAGGGGGAAAGAUCGUGUCAUUGAUCGUGUCAUUGAUCGUGUCUUUGAUCGUGUC